UAAUAAUAAUUUUGAAAAAUUAUUAUUUAUGUAAACAUCUGCAUUUCAAAGGUCACUUAGAAAUGGUGAGAUUUUUAUUGGAAGCUGGAGCAGAUCAAGAACACAAGACGGACGAAAUGCAUACAGCUCUUAUGGAGGCAUCAAUGGACGGACAUGUAGAAGUUGCUCGCUUGUUGUUGGAUUCUGGUGCACAAGUAAAUAUGCCAGCUGAUAGUUUUGAAUCUCCAUUGACACUUGCAGCUUGUGGAGGACAUGUUGAAUUAGCUAUGUUACUUCUUGAACGUGGUGCUAAUAUUGAAGAAGUAAAUGAUGAAGGAUACACUCCUCUUAUGGAAGCUGCCAGGGAAGGACAUGAAGAAAUGGUUGCUCUGUUACUUAGUCAAGGUGCUGAUAUUAAUGCACAAACAGAAGAAACUCAAGAAACAGCCUUAACUCUUGCCUGCUGUGGAGGAUUUUUAGAAGUGGCUGACUUUUUGAUAAAAGCUGGUGCAGAUAUAGAACUUGGUGCCAGCACACCUCUAAUGGAGGCAGCCCAGGAAGGACAUUUGGAACUUGUUCGGUUUCUCAUCUCUUCUGGUGCAACUGUGAAUGCUCAAACAGCAACCAAAGAUACAGCUUUGACAUAUGCAUGUGAAAAUGGGCAUACUGAUGUAGCAGAUAUAUUAUUACAAGCAAAUGCAGAAUUGGAACAUGAAUCAGAAGGAGGUCGGACUCCUUUGAUGAAAGCUGCUCGAGCGGGUCAUCUAUGUACAGUUCAAUUUUUAAUUAGCAAGGGAGCACAAGUAAAUAAACAAACAUCUAAUAAUGACCACAAUCCACUCUCGUUGGCUUGUGCUGGUGGUCAUCUUGCUGUAGUAGAACUUCUUUUGGCCCAUGGUGCAGAUCCAUCUCAUAAGCUAAAAGAUAAUUCUACUAUGCUUAUUGAGGCUGCAAAAGGGGGUCAUACAGCAGUUGUUCAAUUAUUACUAGAUUAUCCAAAUAAUAUUUUAUCUUCGCCACCGCCACCACCGGAUUUAUCACAACUAACUACAUCUGCUUUAGAAGCCACCGAGGCUCCAAGAGUUCCUCCACAUGGUUUACAGGUAUUUUCACCUCAAGAAGCUGAAAUAACUGCUUCUGCAGGAAGUCCAUAUCUUGCUACUGUACAACCUGGUAAGAAAUUAUUUUCGUAGUUAGAUAAACAUUCU